AUGCCCUUCUCCCCCCCCCCUCUUUCUACCCUCCCGCCUCCUUCCCCUCCUUUCCCUCCUUUCCUCCCACGCCAUCUCAGGCUGCUGCAGGACGGGUGGAGCAGCCUGAGGAGGGGGCCGCCCAGCAUGAACACUCGCGGCAGCCUCGGCAUCUCACACGCUCUUCCCCUCGCCCCCACUGCCCCGACACUCCCUGCCUAUCCGCUCUUCCCCUCCUGCCUGCCACUUUCCUCCCCUGCUCCCCCCGCUUCCCCCAUCCCCUCUGCCCAGGCUGCUGCAGGAUGGGCUGCUGCAGGACGGGUGGAGCAGCCUGCGGCGAGGUGCGCCCAACAUGAACACUCUCGUCAGCCUGGGGGCUGUCUCGUCCUUUGCUGUCAGCGCUGUCGCUGCUGCCGUGCCAAAGCUGGUGAGAUGAUUGAGCCGUGCCAUGCCAAAGCUGGUAAGUUCACUAAGCACAUAGAGAGAAAUCUCACCCUGCUCUGCUCGCUCGUCAGCCUGGGUGCCGUCUCCUCCUUUGUUGUCAGCGCUGUCGCUGCUGCCGUGCCAAAGCUGGGCUGGCCGGCGUUCUUCGAGGAGCCUCUAAUGCUGCUGGCGUUCGUGCUGCUGGGGAAGGCGCUGGAAGAGCUUUUGGGAAUUCUCAAAAGUGACUCCCUUUUCUCUCCCCUUUCCCCCUCCUUUGUUCCCCAUUCCCCUCCAGGGCUGGCCGGCGUUCUUCGAGGAGCCGCUCAUGCUGCUGGCGUUCGUGCUGCUGGGGAAGGCACUCGAAGAGCGGGCUAA